AUGGAAACUGUAAACAAGAUCGAGUACAAGGUCCGCGACCUCAACACUCGCUCUGUCAUUCUGUUCCCCACCAGAGCCCAAGUCUCGAGAGACAUCACCAGCGUCAACCUCAAGCCCGGCACAAAUGAAAUCACCGUCGUUGGACUAAGUCCGACCGUUGAAGAAGAGUCCAUCAAAGUCGAAGGCAUCGGCUCCUCAGCCAUCAUCACAGAUAUCGCCGUGGACUCGCUGCCUAAUCGAGACAUCUUUGAAGAAAUCUACCCAGACUCAGACAAGGACGAGUCAGAGAGCGACAACAAUAAUGACUCUGAUCCCGACGAGGAAAAACAGCAGAGCCCUCGGAUGAUCGAUGCCAAGGCUAAACUGCAAAAUGUCCAAGACGAGCUGGGUCUUGCGAAUGAGACGGUAGCCAAUGCUGCGAGCCGCCUCAAAAUCUUGGACCUGUACGGCACAACCCUCCACGACAAGAAAGAAGGCGUAGAUAUCCAAGCCGAGCUCAAAAAAUACAAGCACGAGCGCGAACAAACUUUCAUAGACCACGUGGAAGGCUCCAAACUGCAGCGCGACCUAAAACAGCGCGUCGAGGAAAGUAAGCGAGAAAUCGCCAAGAUUACCCGUGAGGAAGCCAAAGAGAGAGCCAAAGCAGACAAAUUGAAGGAGAAAGUGCGCGAAGAAAAGGAAAAAAAGAAAUCUCUCAAGCGCAAGCGCCACGAGGAACACCAAAAAGAGCUUGAGCGCAUUCGUCGAGAGCGAGAAAAAUUCUGGCCCAAGUAUUGCUACUCUGUGUGCAUCACCAUCGAGUACAAUGCCCAUACUCCGUUAUCGUCUCGACGCGGCUCAUUCGCCAGUGAAGCAGACGUGAUGCAGGUAUCGUCGCCCAAGUCCACCGACGCGGAUACUUUAGCCGGACCUCCUAGAUGCGAUUUGGUACUUUCGUAUGUCACCAGCGCGGCGGGAUGGGCACCGAGCUAUGACUUGCAGCUUUCUACUACGAAUGCUACCGCUGCUUUGUGCUUUGACGCCCAAGUCACGAAUACUACCUGUGAAACUUGGUCAAACUGCAAGGUUGUUUUGUCGACAUCGCAGGCUACCUUUGGAGGACUUGACGAUGUCACACCAACGCUUAAUCCGUGGAAAAUCAAGCUCGGUCCCAAGGGAUCUAGCAAGAAUGAGAACCACAUCAUCAAGAGCGGCGAAGAGUCUUCACACUAUAACAACUGGGUUAUGGCUAAGAAGGGCAACCCCGUACACAAGGCCCGUCGUGACAUGUUUACCAAUGCCGCUCUUGGUAAUGACGCAAACCAAGACUAUCAAAUGCAGCUCAUGCUUCUUGAGCAGCAGAAUAAAAAGCGUCUGGCAAUGGCAAAGCUUGAGCAGCCGCAGCAGCAGAUGAUGCAGCAGCAACAACAACAACAACAGCAACAACAGCAGCAGGUCAUGCAGCAGGCGCAGUUUCAAGCACAGCGCCAACAAAUGGCUCGACAACAGAUGGCUAUGAGCAAUGCGCUUCCCAACGUUCCGCAACCAAAUAUGGCAUCAACGUCCUACGGUGGACCAAUUCAGAGCUGGUCUGGUCCGUCUCCGUCUUACCCAGCUAGAUUGGCUAAUGAUAUGGAUGACGACCAAGCCACGCUCUCACAGACAGUAGACUUUGACCAAGCUCUCGAUUUCGAGGACUCUCUCAUGGCAGAGACGGGCUUCACCACCACAUAUGAUCUUCCCGGGUUGAAGACAUUAGCCCCCAAGUCCACUUCAUCAAAGCAGCGCCUAGCCCGUCUCAACUUUACCGGUGUGGUAUUUAAUCACACCGUCGUGGCCAAGUACCGACCUGUGGCGAAUCUCAAAGCUAGGAUCAAAAACACUAGCAAGCUCACUCUGCUCAGGGGGCUUGCCGGACUCACUCUAGAUGGCAGUUUCAUGGGCCGCACAGCAUUGCCACGUUGCAGCGCCGGAGACGUAUUUACAUUAAAUCUCGGCGUUGAUCCUGCCAUCAAGCUCAUCUAUCCGAAGCCAGAGGUGCGCAGGGCAACCACCGGAAUCUUUAGCAAAGAGGACAGUUCCAUCUAUGUUCGCACUCUCACCAUGCAGAAUACACGGGCUGCAGCUGGUAAACCCGUGUCUAUCCUAGUCCAGGACCAGAUACCGGUUUCGGAGGAUGAACGCCUCAGGGUUGACCUCUUGAACCCGCGGGGAGUGCAGAUUGACAGUCCGGGGGUGCUCGUUGGCGAUCCGGGGCGUGAUGCUCGCCAGGAUAAGGAUUGGGGCAAAGCGACGGCCACUUUGAAGAAGAGUGGUGAGGUGAAUUGGCAGGUUACGCUGAAUGCGGGCAAGGCUGUUCGUCUUACUAUGGAAUAUUCCGUUUCUCUUCCGAGCGGUGAUGCGGCUGUUCAGUGUUGGGAUUCUUGA